AGGGAGGGGGCGUGGCGGCGGCGAAGAGCUCCACCCUCUAUGGUUUCGACGCCGAGGCGCUGAGCGAUGGCGUCAUAAGCGCGGGCCGCAGAGCGCCGGAGGGAGGAUGUCGCCGCCGCUCUUCAGCCUCCCCGAGGCGCGGCUCCGCUUCACGAAUUCUACUCGAGAUGCUUUGACCAACAGAACUAUCAAACCCUUAUUGAAUGCAUUCAACCAGAUUCCUGGAAGUGAAAAUGAAAAGAAAUGCACCCUGGAUCAAUCUUUCAGAGUUGUUUUAGAAGAGGAAAUUAUAAACCAAGCCUCAUGUGAAAAUGUCUUGGCUAUUAUUUCUCUUGCUAUUAAUGGAGUUACAGAUGGUAUCUGUACAGCAUCAACCCCUUUUGUUCUUCUGGGAGAUGUUCUGGAUUGCCUGCCUUUGGAUCAGUGUGACAAAAUUUUUACCUUUGUCGAAAAAAAUGUCACUACAUGGAAAUCAAAUACAUUUUAUUCAGCUGGGAAGAACUACUUGCUGAGAAUGUGCAACGAUCUCCUAAGAAGAUUAUCUAAAUCACAGAACACUGUCUUCUGUGGAAGAAUUCAGCUAUUCCUGGCUAGAUUAUUUCCUCUUUCAGAGAAGUCAGGACUCAAUUUGCAAAGUCAGUUUAAUCUGGAAAAUGUCACAGUUUUCAAUACUAAUGAACAAGAGAGCACUCUAGGACAGAAGCACAUAGAGGAGAGAGAUGAAGGAAUGGAAGUAGAAGAAGGUGAAAUGGGAGAUGAUGAAGCGCCUACAAGUUGCUCCAUUCCAAUAGAUUACAACCUGUAUAGAAAAUUCUGGUCGCUUCAGGAUUACUUUAGGAAUCCUGUGCAGUGCUAUGAGAAGAUCUCGUGGAAGACAUUUCUUAAGUACUCCGAAGAAGUUUUGGCUGUUUUUAAAAGCUACAAAUUGGAUGACACACAGGCCUCCAGAAAAAAGUUGGAAGAACUAAAAACAGGGGGAGAACAUGUCUACUUUGCAAAGUUCUUAACUAGUGAAAAGCUAAUGGAUUUACAGCUGAGUGACAGUAACUUCCGCCGUCACAUCUUGCUACAGUAUCUAAUACUAUUUCAGUAUCUAAAGGGACAGGUCAAAUUUAAAAGUUCAAACUAUGUUCUAACUGAUGAACAGUCCCUCUGGAUUGAAGAUACUACAAAACUGGUUUACCAGCUUCUUUCAGAAAACCCCCCAGAUGGGGAAAGAUUCUCAAAAAUGGUAGAGCAUAUAUUAAACACUGAAGAAAACUGGAACACCUGGAAAAAUGAAGGCUGCCCAAGUUUUGUGAAAGAAAGACCAUCAGAUUCCAAGCCAACAAGACUUGUGAGAAAGAGGCCAGCUCCAGAGGAUUUCCUAGGGAAAGGACCAAACAAAAAAAUUCUCAUGGGGAAUGAGGAGCUAACUCGGCUUUGGAAUUUAUGUCCGGACAACAUGGAAGCUUGUAAAUCUGAGACUAGGGAAUAUAUGCCGACACUGGAGGAGUUCUUUGAAGAGGCUAUUGAGCAGGCAGAUCCUGAAAACAUGGUUGAAAAUGAGUAUAAGGCUGUGAACAACUCUAAUUAUGGAUGGAGAGCAUUAAGAUUACUAGCACGCAGAAGUCCCCACUUCUUCCAGCCAACCAAUCAACAAUUUAAGAGUUUACCAGAAUACUUAGAAAACAUGGUAAUCAAAUUAGCUAAGGAGUUGCCUCCUCCUUCUGAAGAAAUAAAAACAGGAGAGGAUGAAGAUGAGGAAGAUAAUGAUGCUUUAUUAAAGGAAAACAAUGAAAGUCAUCUGUCCUGUUUCACCUUCUGCUUCUGACCUGUCAACAUUUGGCACCAGUGCUCCUAUUGAAAGUAACAAGCAGCACCAUAUCCGUUCCCACAAAGCUAGCAGUUUCUUGGAUAUCCCCAACCCGUGCAUCACUGAAAGUGUUCCGUUCCUCAGAGUUGGGUGCAACUUGGACUGUGAACACAUAAUUAGUAAUCUCUCCCAAUGUUCCUCUUGGGCAGUGUGUGUUUACUAUGUAACUAGAUAUUGAAAGCCAAAAGUAUGGCACAGCUAUGUGAAAUGCUUUCUCUGAAUUCUUGGCCUCUAUUGUAAGUACAAGUUAAAUUGCCCCGGGAUAGUGUUUACUUAUAGACCCUUAAAUACCCUAUGCAGUGCUUCCAAUAAUAGUAUAUAACCUGUCUCCAAGAUCGCUGAGAUCUUUCUUCAUCUUUCUCAAAUGCAGAAGUUUCUCUGUGACAGCGAAGGAGCAUUCUUCCUGAUAACGUUCCGUUCCUUUCCAUGAAUCAGACUUUUCUCAUUUGCCUCUUGCCCAUAAUCCUGGCGCAUUCUUACUCUGAUCUCUCCUCCCCCAUGUGAGUGAAUCUGCCUAUCUCCAUCCUUAUCCAUGCAGUCCUCUCAUUCCAGCUUUUCCCUGUGUGGUCUUUCACUAUCUGAGCUCUCUAGUAUCCAGCAUGUGGAGUGCGCUGCUGGGAGUUGCAUGUGAUUUCAUUCCCAUCCCCAGACACCCCUGCUGGCUGCCCAUUCACUUCAGGAUCAAAUUAAAAACAAUCUUUCCUUGGUUUUUAAAACCUUUCAUGGUUUUGUGUGUGUGUAUCUAGUCCACUACCUUUUUUUCAUCUAGCACUUGUAGAAGGGAAGAGAGAGGACAAUCUUGUUACUCUGGGUGCAAGAGCUUUCUCCUCCUCUUCAGUUUAACAAUACCUGAAACAGCCUUCACAGUUCCAUUUUGUUGACUUUCCUUCUCCUUUUAAAUCUCAUUUUAAAGUAAAGAUGAGAUGGCUGUGCUCUGAUGCAGUAUAUGCAUGCUCUGCCUCUGAGCAAUAAUGGAAGUGUUCUGUUUGCUUUUGUCCCAAGCUGUUCAUGGACUUCAAUUCCUAAUUCUUGAUGUAAUGGUUUUAGUUUUUUGUGAAAUGUCCUAUAAAUGAGUGUGACUGAUAAGCAGUGGAGAAAGUUAGGAACAUUCAGAACAUGCCAAUUGGCUCUCGAAGCUGUGUGAGGAGAGACGCAUUGAUGCAGAACAGUAUCCAACUCCUUGUAUAGGUAACUUCAUCCAUUGCUGUGUUUUUUGGAAACGUUAUAAACAUGGUCAGCAGAGCACAUAGAUGACAAGCUGUGAUAUACUACCAGUUUGUAAAGUCACUUGCAUAAUCACACAGCAUUUGUCUUCCCAGCAAGACACAAAGGUCGAAGUGUUUUUAUCUUGAUGCCAAAUGUUUAAGUAAGAAAAAAAUAAUUUACACAAUUAAAAACUAACUGCUGUAUAAUCCAGGGCAGGCUGCACUGUAAGCAGGAAAACCAGAGUUUUCAUUCCUGCUGGGAAGCAAAUUUUGUUUUUCACAAAUUCAGACAAGUUAAACUGGGCUAGCUCUGCUUGAUUUUAACUAACGUAAACCUUUCCAGAUGUAGUGAAAUUCCAGUUAUGGUUUUAGAUUUUAAGACACCUAUCGACCUAGGUAUUGAAAAUUGCAGUGGCUUGCAAGAAUAGACUUCUUACAUUCAGCAGUGGAAACAGUUGCUUGUGAUGAACCUAAGAAUAUAGUAGCUGUACCAGAUUGGAUUAGUGGUUUAGAAAGCCUCAUAGUGGACAGUCUUUCAAUAAUACACCUAUGGGGGGAGUUUAUCUUAGACUCAGGCAUUGAUCGGAUUAUGUAAAAUUGAUGGCUGACAGUUUUUGAGUAGAGUUUAAAGGACUGUUUCAGAGCAUAAAUACAAAAUAAGAUGCUUAGCUGAAAUGUGUAAAACAGCCAGAGUCUGUUUAUAAAUACAGCAAAACCUCAAAGGUACAAACACCAGAGUUACGGACUUACCAGUCAACCGGACGCCAAUCAGGCAGCAGUGCAGACUUUUUU